AUGGUGAACACUGGCAUGCAGUUGAUCAGCUUCACCUGUGCUGUGACGGGCUGGGUGAUGGCUAUAGCAGUGACUGCGCUGCCCCAAUGGAAGGUCACGGCCUUCAUUGGGAGCAAUAUCCUCACCUCUGAGAUUGUUUGGCAGGGGAUCUGGAUGAAUUGCAUCUAUCAGACCACCGGCCACAUGCAAUGUAAAACCUACGACUCCAUGCUGGCUCUGCCGCCUGAUAUCCAGGCGGCACGGGCACUGAUGUGCAUUGCCAUCUUCUUGGGCUGGUUGUCCUGUACCGUCUCUUGCUGUGGCAUGAAGUGCACCACCUGCGCCGGGGACGAUCGCCAUGCCAAGGCUGGCAUAGCGCUGUCCGGUGGGGUGCUCUUCAUUCUGACGGGCCUGUGCGUCCUAGUACCAGUUUCCUGGACAGCAAACACUGUGGUGCAGGACUUCUAUAACCCCAGUGUUCCCAUACAGCACAAGCGGGAGCUGGGUCAGGCCAUUUACCUGGGAUGGGCAGCAGCGGUGAUCCUUAUAAUCAGCGGGGCAGUGCUUAGCAGUACCUGCCCACACAUGGAGAGAGGAGGUUACAGAAGGGGGUAUAUAGGCCGUAGUUUUGCCAGCUUGAGGCCUUCUGCACCUGAUCUUCCCAAGCCAAUCACCAACAGUCUGCCUCUAAAGGAGUAUGUGUGA